UGCCGUAUUAACGAGGAACAAUCGUUUUAUAUAUAUGGGAACUGAAGAGGAAAAAAUACAUUAAUAUGAUAUAUGUAUCUACACGGACCCCUCGUCGACCCGCCCCGGCCUCGCGUCGCCCCCAGGCCAGCAGCACGCCCGGCCGAUCGGCGCUCGACUACUCCUGCCCGCUCGCCUCUCCUGCGCGCCGAGCGGCCCUCCAAAUCGGGGCCGUCUGCGGGUAGAUUAGCCGGGUCUGGAAACAUGGCCUCCUCGGAGCAGGCAGAGCAACCUGGACAGACCGCUUCUUUGCCUGGAGCAGAGAAUGGAACAUCUCGCGAAGCUUUGAUCACAACAGCAGUGAAGUUUCUACAAAACCCCAGAGUCCGCCAGAGUCCACUGGCAGCUAGAAAAUCGUUCCUCAAGAAAAAAGGACUGACAGAUGAAGAAGUUGACCUGGCACUUCAGCAGUCGGGCACCGCCAAAGAGGAGACCCAGCCCUUAGGUCUUUCUACACACUUGGUGCCAGCACCACCCCCUCACCUUGCACCGUACAGUCCCCCAGGCUCCAGAUGGAGGGAUUAUGGCGCCCUAGCGAUUAUUCUGGCGGGCAUCGCUUUCGGCUUCCACCAGCUUUACAAGAAAUACCUGCUGCCUCUGAUCAUGGGAGGCAAGGAAGACAGGAAGCAACUGCAGCGGAUCGAGUCCAACAUCUCUGAAAUGAGCGGCAGCCUGACGCAGACAGUGACUCAGCUUCAGACAACUUUAGCCUCUGUCCAGGAGCUCCUCGUUCAACAGCAGCAGAAAAUCCAGGAGCUCACCCAGGAACUAGCUACCUCGAAGCAUCUGGCACCAUAUGUGUUUUGGAAAUCUGAAUCCCUUUGCAGGCCGGCCACAACAUCCACGAAUUGGAUCCUCGAAUCUCAGAAUAUCAACGAGUUGAAGUCGGAAAUCUAUUCACUAAAAGGACUGCUUUUAAACAGGAGGCAGUUUCCUCCCUCCCCAUCAGCCCCCAAAAUCCCGUCAUGGCAGAUCCCGGUCAAGCCUUCCUCGCCCUCCAAUGCUGUCACCAACAACCACAACACCAGCAGUGACAUCUCGCCAGUCAGCAACGAGUCCAACUCCUCAUCGCCUGUCAAGGAGAGCCACAGUCCCGAAGGGUCGAAGGUCAGCUGCCACCUCUUGGGCCCUGCGGAGGAGGGAGAGGGGGUGAUCGACCUCAAGGGCCAGGUAAGGAUGGAAGUACAAGGGGAGGAGGAGAAGCGGGAGGACAAAGGGAAGGAGGAAGACGAGGAGGAUGAUGAAGACGACGUCAGCCACGUGGAUGAGGAAGAGUGCUUGGAUGUCCAGACGGAGGACCGGCGAGGAGGUGACGGGCAGAUCAACGAGCAGGUGGAAAAGCUACGGAGGCCCGAGGGGGCCAGCAACGAGAACGAAAUUGACUAGCGCAACGGAGGCAAAGGGCCCUGCCGCUCCCCACACCCCCCAAUCAUUCUCCGUUCCCUGGGCCGCCCUCCGCCCUGGGAGCUCCCUCCGUCUCACCCUUGCCAUUCACCACGAGUAGCACGACCCGCCUUUGGGCCAGCCUCGGCGUCCAGCAGCUGUCUUCAUAUUGGCCUCCCCUCCUCCGGCCACAGCGGUGCCUCUCCCACUUCCCGCCCCAUCUCAGCAUGGGACCACGGCUAAAGAACCAGGCCUCCAUGCCCCCCACCCCAUCAAGCUAAGGAAUGAAGAGCUUCUGUCCUCGGAAUAACCCUUCCAAAGCACCAGUGUGCCACCCUGCUUUGCCAGGUGGCUAGCCCCCGUACCCUAUAACCCCAGCCAAAGCAUCCCCGCUUCCAAAAAGAAAACCCUUUAAGAAAUGCAAACUUUCUGUGCAGGUUUCCACCCCAUCUUUCGUUUCCAGAUGAAGGGUUCUCUUUCUGGGGACCUCUGCUUCUCCUUCAACCAUCCGUAGUGUCUCGGGAACAAAAGUGAAGCAGUUCACUUUUCUAAAAGUUGUUUGACAUCCCCUCUUGCUGGGAGCAGGAAACGUUCUGGGAUUGCUGGCCAAGCUCUCCCUGGAGGGGGUUCUCUGCCUCCAUAGCCCGCAGCAACACUCUUUCUAAAUCUCACGCUCUUCUGCGCCUUCCCUUCUUUCUGCCUCGCAGCCCCUCCCAGCUGCUCAGGACGUCUGUUUUGAGCAAGAGGUGAGGACCAAGAGCAGAAGCUCAGCAAUUCAAGAGAGAUGGUCUGAAUCUCAGAGGGGCUUCCAAGUUCCUAAUCCCCAGCAGCCAAGUCUGCAGAUGCUUUUUCCUGCAAAGGAAACUAAAUCCCAUUUAUGCUCUCUGUUGUUCCAAGUUCCAUUUUAGGGCCAUAACAUUGGAAGUUGCUGGAUCUACCACAUUUAAAGGAGAUAUUUAUACCUCAAUCUUUCCAUCCACGGUUCUCCUCAAAGCAAACCUUAGCUGUGGGGGCCUGGUUCAGACACAACACCUGUCUCUCCUUUCCUUCUUCCAGCCACUUCCUCCCCUUUCACUUUUGCCUUAUCAAGUGGGGGAAACAAAAACAAGCCACCGGGCUUCUAGAAGCCUCUUGUUUUGCAGCAUUGUAUUCUCGGCUGUUCCAGCAGUGCCCAGUUUCUGUUCACUUCAUUAAAAAAAAAAAAAAAGAUUUUCAAAUCCUGUAACAUCUUGAGUCUCUCACUGCUCCCCAUCCUCACCAAGAGGAAAAGCAAAACGUGCUCGUCUUUGUGAUCAUGUAUAGAAUUCAGCUAUAAAAUAUGAUUGUAUAUAAUUGUAAUAAAUAUGAGUUACCACUGCUUAACGCCAGGCGGUGGCUGUAGAA